CGUUGAGUGGCGGCGUGUUUGAAAGAUGAGCAGCAAGUCGUCUGAUCUCGAUAUAGACCUCAAAGUCGAAAUACUGAAGAAGAAGUACUUAGAGAAAAGAAACGGGGUUUCUGAUACCGUGAAACCAUCAGUAAGUGCGACCACGUUAGAAGCUGGACACAGCGGUGCAAAGAGUGCGAAACAUGACACGAUCCCCAGAAAGGAGGAAGACCCAGAAAAGAUUUCCAGGUAUGGCGAAAUUAAGCACUACAGCAAGGCUCUCAAAGAACUUUUACAGGCUGUUUCAAGUCACCCUCAAAGUGAUAGUAUUUCAGGCAGUGAAGAUGAGCUUAGUGAUCAAACCAACUCCUUUGAAGGAACACGAAUCCCGUGUUCAGAGACAGAUGUGACACUGCCUUCCAAUCUUGUGUGUACAUCCAACUCAUCUGUGACUGAACCUGUGUGGCUUGUCAGAAGAGAGGAGCUGAGGGAUCAAACACAGCGCUUGACUGCGAGCCCAGCAGCUGUGGCUCAGGUGUUCCAGGAGAUGCUUGAGAUUUAUGAGAAGCUGCAGAUGGAGAGGCUCAGCCAGCAGGCCUGGGCAGCAGGGCUGCGUGAACAGGAGCACCAACUCCAGCAGAGAGAGGCGCGUCUCCUCCAGCACCACAGCACCAUCUGCAGACUGCGUGGGGUUGAGGGAGAAGUGAUUGGCCGUGUCCACACGCUGCAGCAGCAAUACCAGCAACAAAUAGAGACCCUGAGGACUGCUCUGAAAGAAAAAACCAAAGAAAAUAAAAGAAUCAAAUCCAGCUUUGGUUCCAUCAAGGAACUAAAUUAUACCAUGAAAAAACAGCUGGAUGAUGUCACUGAACAGAACCGGAGGCUGGAGAAUCAGUCUCGAAAGGUUCAGGCUCGUCUGGACAACCUGCAGAGAAAGUAUGAGUACAGUGUUGCACACAAAAGGCGGGAAAAUGUUGUUCCCAAGUCAUGUGACCCCAACCCUCCUAAACAGGACAGACCUCUGCCUUCCAGCAAAGCUAGCAAGUCCCCCUCACGCUGCUCCAUGCUGAAACUGCUGGCAGCUAUGCUCGACUGGGUUGUGGACGGCCAGCUCGCUCGGUCUGAAGAAGGGGAGAAGGAGGGAAUGUUGGAGCAGUACAUAGACCCGCAUCCUUCCCUGCACGAACGCUGCUCCAGGGUCCUCCCAGUGCUGGUGCAGCAGCUCCAACAGACUGCCAGGACUGAGGCUUCUCUGCAGUUACCACUACUGCGCUUCACCUACUACUGUCUCUCACAGCUAGAGCACAGCACGCAGCACCCGCCAUUGACCUCCACAUUGCGGAGACUGGGGGAGGAGGUGUCCUGUGGUCAGGGUGGAGGGGACAGGAGCAGGUCCCACCCACUCUUCAAGAGCUCCUGCCUUCACACGCGUUUCCUGUCUAGCCUGAUCGUCCUGAGAACCGUCAGCCUGGUGGGGAUCGUGACUCAAGCUACUGAUGUUCUGCAUGAUGAUGUGGGAAUGGAGGACGGAAAAGCUUUCUUCUUGAAGUACCAGGCGCUGGCAGUCAUUUUGGCUGUUUUGAGGGCAGGAAAUCCAAGUCUGCAAGUUCGGGCCAUGGACAUCCUGCUGCAGAUGGGUGCUGAGUCACGAUACCUUCCAAGCUUCCUUCAGGCAUGCAGCACAGAGCAGUUCUUCCGCUGGGCCUCCACAUUCCUGCGCAGCACCCGCCUGGACCUCACCCUCGCCGAGAAACUCAGCAUCCUGCUUCAGAAGCUCUCGGGCAUCAGAAAGAACAAGCGUCUGUUUGAAGCGUUCUCACUGCAUCUGCUCCUGCAGGAGAUGCACAGGACCACCAACCCUGCACAUGCCUUCUUGACCAUCAACCUCAGCUCCAUUCUCCUCAACCUGGGCAUGCCCACACGUCCCUGACACAGGCCUGACACUCCUCAACCUGGGCAUGCCCACACGCCCCUUACACGGGCCUGACACUCUUCAGCCUGGGCAUGCCCACACGCCCCUUACACGGGCCUGACACUCUUCAGCCUGGGCAUGCCCACACAUCCCUGACACGGGCCUGACACUCUUCAACCUGGGCAUGCCCACAGCCACCAAACCCACUCAGCCCCACUUGUGAAUAUAAAUGGGCUCAGUUUUUUUUUUUUUAGAUGCACUAAUUAGUGCAUUUUACAUAAUCAUGGCUUCUGAUUUGACGAAUUGUCACUGGCACUGUUUUUACAAACACUUGAUUUGAUGAGAAGACAACAGAUAAAAGUGUGUUUGGGUAAGUUUCCUGAGUAAGAGCGUUUGUAACCUCUAACUUUUCAGGGAUACACUUGGUGUUGAGGUUCCCUUAACUAACAUUAUUUACAGUACUAAUUAACAUUACCAAGCCAUUAACUUUAGUAUUAACAAGCCUUAUGUAAUGUAACUCAGAUCAUUGGAAACUCAAAGGACACCAUGUCACCUUGUAUAAUAACAGCUCUGCCUUUUUAUCUCUGUCAACAUUGUGUUUGCCUGGAGCCAUCAAUGAACACUAUUAAAAAAGGUCAUUAUUGCUUUGCUAACACUGUUUAUAAUUUUAAUCCUAAUGUUUAUAGUUUGUUAAUGUUGCAUAAGGCUAUAAGUGAUGUUGGUUAAUGGAACCUGAAUGUAAAGUGUCAUUCACACUGGUAAAGUAAAGCCAUUAAUAGUGACCUCCUGCUUCUUAUUAGUUGUAAAUACCACUGUUAAACUUUAUAGUACUUUACAGCUGAUCUCCGGUUUAUCCCUGUGCUUGGAUCAGCCCUGACCUCUGCAGCAAGUGAGGGCUUCACGUACAACCAGUUACAGCUUACAUCUUAGCUAACACUGAUCACCAAUCUGGUAUUUAGGUUAUUCUUGUGCUGAUUACAAAUUCAAGCUUGAGGUAACUUAUUCAGUAUUUAUAUGUAUGUGGGUUUGAAAAAGUCUCCCUUGUCCGUUUUUAUUUUGUUGUUGUUGUUGUUUUUUAAUGACUAAUUAUUUGUUACUAAAUAAAAUGUAUGCAACACCUA